GUGAGUGGAGGAUCGGAGCGGACGCACGGAGCGAGUGCGAGCUCGUACGAGAGGGUACGAGCGGAAUCUCGAGCGGUGAGCCGAGCAGUUCCAAUCCCGCUUCCCACAACGACGUUCGGCCCGCGCGCUCCUUUACGCUCGCCUCGCGCGCGUUCGAAUCCCGAUCGCCGAUCAUGACACGCGGACGGACGAAGACGUGCAGGUGAAACGUGCCUAGUCUGUCUUAAAGAAGACAAAAGAAAAAGAGAGAGACACGUGUCGAAGUGCCGUAGCAAAAAUUAGAAAGAAAAGGAAUUGGCACCGGUUUGAAUUCUGCCGGAAGUUUAAAUUGGUGGUGAUAAAGAGUUUGUGUGACGAGUUUAUUGACGACUUAAGGCGCUUCCGACUGAAUCGAGCAGCAAGAUGUGGCACAUGACGUGCGUAGAUGAUUUCUUGAACCGCGCGUUUUACAAGCUUGGCCUCAUUGUCGGCCGACACCCCGGCUACUUCGUAAUCGUGCCGAUAUUGUUGGCAUGCAUAUGUUUCACCGGUUAUCAGAGGAUACACUAUGAAAUCGACCCGGAAUACCUCUUCUCGCCUGUCAACGGUCCUGGCAAAACGGAACGAGCGAUAGUCGAGCAGUACUUCAAAGUCAACUACAGCCAUCAAUUCAAUGUUGGCCGCAUCACUCGACCAGGCCGAUUUGGCCAUGUAAUCGUGAUCCCGAAGGAUGGCGGACGUAACAUGCUGAAGAGCACGAUUUGGAACGAGUUGAAGGAACUCGAUCAAAUCAUCAGGAACAUCAAAGCGAAAUACGAGGGCGAGAUAUUCACGUACGAGCAGAUUUGCGCAAGAUGGAUGGAUCAGUGUUUCAGCAACGACAUCCUGAACCUACAUCAUGUGAUACACGAUGUGGAAGAACGGAAUCUGAACCUGACGUUUCCGGUAAUGGUCAAUCCGGUUACAUGGGAUCUUCUUUUGUUUCCGGUAUUCUUCGGCGGAAGUGUCCUCAACGAGGAUCUCACCAUAGAAUCGGUGCCCUCGGUGCAACUCGCUUACUUCAUUACGGUCGAUAAUCCUCGACAGGACGCAAUAGGCGCCGCCUGGGAGGAGGCCUUUCUGGAGGUUGUCGGCAAGGCCGAGGACGGGGGUAGGUUUAAAUACAUUAGCACCGCGAGAUUCGCCUCGAGGACCCUCGAACUGGAACUGGAGGCCAACACGAAGACGGUCGUGCCGUAUUUCGCAAGCACGUUCAUCAUAAUGGGCAUGUUCUCGGUCGUGACCUGCAUGAUGACCGAUUGGGUGCGUAGCAAGCCUUGGCUCGGUCUUCUAGGCAACAUUUCGGCCGCCAUGGCGACGGUCGCCGCCUUCGGAUUAUGCAUCUAUCUGCAGAUCGACUUCAUCGGCAUCAAUCUCGCCGCGCCGUUUCUCAUGAUUGGAAUAGGAAUCGAUGAUACCUUUGUCAUGUUAGCAGCCUGGAGAAGAUCAAGCAUUUCCAAACCGGUACCGGAAAGAAUGGCGGCAACGUUGAGCGAGGCUGCUGUUUCCAUCACUAUUACAUCUUUAACGGAUAUGAUAUCCUUCUUCAUCGGUAUUUUGUCGCCUUUCCCUUCGGUCCAGAUUUUCUGUGUUUAUUCAGGUUUUGCGGUAGUCUUCACUUUCCUAUACCAUCUAACGUUCUUCAGCGGAUGCAUGGCGAUCAGCGGUUAUUGCGAACGAGAAAAUUUGCACAGCCUUGUCUGCUGUAAAGUGGAGCCAUUAUCUAAAUCUUCUCACCGAUCGUGGUUCUACAGAGCACUGUGCUCCGGCGGAAUUAAUCCAGACGAUCCUCACAAUCCGAUCGAUAAUCCUGAACACGGAUGCAUGACUUGGUUCCGUGAUUAUUUGGCAGCUGCGCUAAAUUGUCGCUACGUAAAAAUAGUGGUGCUCCUUGUUUUCAUGACUUAUCUUAUGGGUGCCAUUUACGGGCUUACAACCCUCAAGGAGGGUCUGGAUCGACGCAAACUUUCCAAGGAAGAUUCUUAUUCAAUCGCUUUCUACGAUCGCGAAGAUUUUUACUUCAGAGAGUUUCCUUAUAGGAUACAAGUGAUAAUAUCCGGUACAUAUGACUACAGCGAUCCAGUGAUUCAGGAACAAAUGGAAAAUCUGACGAGGAGUCUCGAGGCGAGUAAGUACAUCAGCGCGCCGAUUUACACCGAGAGCUGGCUCCGCAGCUUCCUCAGCUACAUGUCGGAUAACUACGACAUGAACAUGACCAUCAAGGAUGAACAAAACUUCAUCAAGACGCUGAAGAACGUCUGGCUGUUCCCGAGUAGCCCCUUAACACUGGACGUCAGGUUUGACGACAAGGAGGAGAAGAUCGUGGCAAGUCGGUUCCUGAUACAGGCGGUGAACGUGAGUGGCACCAAUCAAGAGAAGGACAUGGUAAAGGAGCUACGUCAAAUCUGCGACUCGUCGCCCCUGAACGCCAGCGUGUUCCACCCGUACUUCGUGUUCUUCGACCAGUUCGAACUAGUCCGGCCAACCAGCCUGCAAUGCAUGAUAUUCGGCGCGCUCGUCAUGAUGCUGAUCAGCUUUAUCUUCAUCCCCAACAUUUUCUGUUGCUUAUGGGUCGCCUUCUGCAUCGUGUCGAUUGAAUUGGGUGUAGCCGGUUACAUGGCGCUGUGGGACGUCAAUCUCGACAGCAUCUCCAUGAUUAAUCUGAUCAUGUGCAUCGGUUUCAGCGUCGACUUCACCGCGCACAUUUGCUACGCAUACAUGAGCUCGAAGCGGCCGCGAGCAGAGGAUCGCGUCAAGGACAGCUUGUACAGCCUGGGCCUGCCGAUAGUCCAGGGUGCUGCCUCGACGAUACUCGGCCUGAUGGCUCUUCUGCUCGCUGGCACCUACAUCUUUCUGGUGUUCUUUAAGAUGGUCUUCCUGGUGAUCUUCAUCGGCGCGAUGCACGGUAUAUUCCUGCUACCAGUCUUGCUGUCUCUCUUCGGACCCGGCAUCUGCAGCAUCGGGAUCGAAGAAACAGAGGAUGCGAAAAACAAUGACGCGCAGGAGAAGGAGCCGCAGUUGCCGCCGCCUUCUCAGCAGCAGUCCUACGUGAUUCCGCAUCUUAAUCUAGUCUAUUACACCCCAAAAGCCGUCAAGCAGCUUCCUGAUAGUCCAGUGACGAGCAUGGCGGUGUUCGAGGAAAGGGAUCCCGGUUUGGGCACCAGUGAAGACAGCAACUCGACGGAGAGUGGCUCGUCGCAGAGCAGGAGGCACCAGUGCAAACAGAAUCAGCAGGACCAGACUCGUCACAAUAUUUGCAGGAGAUCCAUCGGCUUCCUGUAUGGCCUGUCGCAAUUCCAGCCCAAUGCGAUCAGCGAGCCGUCGCAUCCGGCGCCGGAUUAUCCUGGCGCAGUGAUGCCUUCCAGCGGAUCCGGCGAGGAAAGUGCUCAGCCAUCAGCACCCUUUCAGUCGUCUUACUUCCCAUAUUUCUACCCUGUAUCCUCGAGCCCGUAUCCGCGGGACAACUACAGACGCAGCAGAUCCUCUCACAAUCUACAGUAUCCCGCAUCAACGCGGCAUUUAACGGAUCCUAGGUAUCCUUAAAAGAAAUCCACGAGGAACAGUGCGAAGGAAAAGUAUGGACACGAUAACAGCGAAACGAGAGACUUCUCGCUCGAAUUCAGCCCCUUGAAGCGAAAUGAUAGUAAUAAGUCUAUUAAAACAUUUCGGAAAAGAAUUGUCACUUUUUUGCAAAGGAAAAAUUCAUGCUAUUUUUAUCAAAAGCGUCCACUUUGAUAUAUUACUUUGAAAGAGAUGUUUUAUUUUACCUUGUUAGAAUCUCAAGCACAAUUAUAACUUCGAAGUUUCGAAGGAAAUAUUUGCAUUGAGCCAAAUUGAGUGCUUUGUUGUACUAUAUUUUAUAAUUUAUUUAUUAAUUUUUCUUUAUAGUUAUUUGUGUAUUAAAACGCGUGGCCAGUACAUCUAUAAGCUUAUUAAACUUUACAUAUAUAUAAUUAAUGAUGGGAUUAUAUUUUUUAUUGAAUUUAAAUUCUGGAGGUAUAGUUGUAAUUACAAUAUUAUUAGUGGUCUCAUAUAUGUUCAUACUAAUAUUUCAUAUCUUAAAGAGGUAGAAGUCGAGAUACAAUUCUAACAAAUUUACUUUUGAAUGCUGAAUAAUAUAGAAAUAAUCUGUUCUAUAUCAAUUGUAGCUCUGACUUUUAUCGUUAUAAGUGAAAAUAGAGAUUAUUCUUCGAAAAUCUAUAAUACCGAAAUAUGUGUUUGCGUCUAUUUAUCUAUCUCAACGACGUAAAACACAAGUUGAAGCAAAUUUUAACGUGAGGAAAUUAUUUAUUAGUCAUAAAACACAAUAUCGCAAAACACUAUGACAAUACAAAGAAAAGAUACCAAGAAGAAAGAAAAAGAUAUCUCUGCAGGAUCCGAAAAUUUAACAUAAGUUACGAUGAAUAGGUUUCAAGGGGUUGAAUUUCAAAAGUCAGAAUUCUCGAACAGCGGGACAUUUGACAGCCGCACAAAAGGUAGCGCCCGGAUCAAUUCGAAUAGAACAAAGUUUUUAAUUUUCUAUAUCUUUUUUCAAUGAAACUUUUCAAUAAAAAAAGUAAAAUGAAAUAAAAAGGAUAUCUUUAAGGUACAGAAGGGAAUAAAGAAUAUCCAUUUUUUAUUUCUUCCCAAUUAAAACAAAAAAUACAUUUACGUAGAUCUAGAUUGGAAUAGAUUCGGGCGCCACUGAACGAUGAUGUUAAUAUGAUGUGAUCUUGAAGACUUUUUGUACAAUAAUGUUUACUACGAAGUUUCGUGUGGUGGGUUUUCCGUGCGGCGUUAAAGCUAUGUGUGUGCGUCGCUACAUUCGUAGAUACCUUAUGUAUGAUAUCAAUGCAUGAACAUUACUUGCGGAACAAGUUAUUGAAUACAGGGUGUCCCAAGAAAGAUGUAUAUCAGUAACAGGUAUGUACACUACAUUUAGCAACUCCAUAUUCUUUGCGCAAAGAAUUUAGGAGAUGUGAAUACUUUUGUUAAGCUGAAGAAAUUUGUAAUUAAGGAAGAAUAGAUCUGUUAAUCCUCAAAUCUUUAGCUUCAGUUAUCUCAAAGUUUUGUAUCUUUGUUUCCUCAAAUACACAAGACCGUAUCAUCACCGUGCUUUAGCUAUUUGGUUUUAAUUUUUUUGUAUAAUAUAAUCAAGGUGAACACAAAAUGGAUUUAUAAAAUAUUUAGCGUGCUAAAUGUACGGUGAAAAUACGGACUUAAAAAACCAUUAAAAACCACAGAUUUUUUAUUAUUUCAAUAUCCAAUAAUCUUGGACUUACAAAUCAUUCGAUCCCGAUAAGCAUAGAUUCUUGUAUCCCAAAUCGACUUAUUAAUAUGUUUGCUCUCUUCGAUAUCAUAGAUUUCAUUUUACAUGGGUGUAUUAUACGCCCUUCGACCAAAGGGUUAAUCUGCAUUGUCCUUUGCGUGACAGCAAUGCACUCGAAACGAUAACACCGCAAUGGUGAUGCCUUAUUCAGGCCUACGUUAGUAUUUAAGAAUAGCUCAAAUCGAACGCGAUAAUAUAAUAUAUAUACAUAUGCUCAAUAUCAAUCAAAACCAAAACGUCCCAUAAUAUAUCAGUUAAGGUAUAUUCUGAUUCUAUCAAUUGUUCAUGUUGAGCAAUACGUGCCUUGAACAAUCCAAGAAUGGUAAGUGUUUGUCGUACGAUUAGUCGAAUGAUUCUGUUUGAUAGAUAAUUUCGACAUUGGUAGUUUAAGAAAAAGUUUAUUCUUCAGAUUUCCUGAAAUUAAAGAUUUUGUUUUAUUUUCUCCUUUCUUUUUUAGAAAUGUUAGAAAAAAGUUUGUAUAGAACAAUAAUAAUUUCAAGAUUGUUUAGCUCGGAACUUUUGACAGCUCUUUAUACUCUAAAAUCACUCGAUUUAAUACUGUAUUACCAGCAAAACGCGAUAUUAUAGCCGAUGCUGUGAUUUAUAAAAAAACAGCUAAGCGAAGAUAUCCGAAUCACAGUCUCUUAACUCUCUCAUGCAACAUUAUACAUAUCAAUAACAUAAAUCGAAAAAUAUUAAGAUAAAAGAAAAUAUAAAACCAGGAUGUAAAAUAAUAAUAGAUUUUAUUGCAAAGAAAGAGAAAAUAUUUAAUUUUAAUGUUAACAAUUUAUAGAUGACUGCUUGUCAUGUGUGCGUCUGUGUAUGUGGGGGAAGGAGGCUACAUAAUAAAAACUGUUUGAAAAGAA